UUAAAUUAAGGCUAAUUUAAAAUCACUUUUAAGUAGAUAUGUGAACACAUUAUUUAUUUAUUUAUUUUAAUAAUUUCACAACCUUGAAUGGUAUUGAAGUUCCACGCGUAAACUGGGACUCACGAACCCUGUCGUGUUUACAGUGAAAAUUUAAAGGCAAGAAUUUUGUUUUUGGUUAAUAAUAUAAGUGGUUGCUCAUCAAGUAAGUAAAUUGAAGUAGUAAAAAUAUUUAAUUCAGAAUCCAGGAAGAAAAUAUGUUUUCCUUUGAAAAUCUUGCGGAUAUAUCUUUCUCAAACAGCACAGACCUCAUUUGGUCCCAAGUCAACGUCAUCAACCUUCAGAUCCAAUUUCAUCAGGAAACAAGGGCCCGGAUUUUGUUUUUCUCAGCUCUCUCUGGAUUUUUCUUGGUUUCCCACUUUGUUCAAGUAGUAAUCGAGCAACAAUAUCAUUAGCAAAAUGCAGGAAUUUCAGCACAAACUCAUGCUCAGAUGUUUUCAGGUUUCAUUUUGUUAAUUGCAGCAUUAUCUUGGAGAGAAUAAAAAGGAUGAGAAAAUGACGAUCAGGAACAAAUACAGGAAACCAACCACUUUCCGUUGCAAUGCAGGGAGCAGAUGUUCAACGUCUGCUGUGGUGUGGAGCUUGGUGGGAUGUCUUCUUAUGUUUCAUCUGUACACUCUUGUUCGCCAAAAGGAUAGGUUAGGAGGAGCAAUUCAAUUUCGAGCGAGUCAUCACCCACUGUUCCAGGAACUUGAACAGGUGGAAGAGGAAAACAUCCAACUUCCUCCGCCGCGAAAGCGAUCCCCACGUGCUGAAAAAAGAAAACCAAGGCGACCAACUACUCUGAUUGAUGAAUUUCUUGAUGAGAAUUCUCAAAUUAGACACGUAUUCUUUCCCCAGAAGCUUGAUAUUGGUCCAAUGAAGGACACAGGAAAUGAUAGCUAUUACUAUGACCCUGGGAGGAUUUGGUUGGAUACUGAUGGAUAUCCUAUUCAAGCCCAUGGAGGUGGUAUUCUAUUCGAUGAAAAAUCAAGGACAUACUAUUGGUACGGGGAGUAUAAAGAUGGCCCCACAUACCAUGCUCACAAAAAAGGAGCAGCUCGGGUUGACAUCAUAGGAGUGGGUUGCUAUUCUUCCAACGACUUAUGGAAAUGGAAAAAUGAAGGUGUUGUAUUGACAGCAGAAAAAGCAAAUGAAACACAUGAUCUCCACGAAUCCAAUGUGCUUGAGAGGCCGAAAGUGAUUUACAAUGAGCAUACAGGGAAGUACGUUAUGUGGAUGCACAUUGAUGAUGCUAACUAUACUAAAGCUUCUGUUGGCGUUGCCAUUAGUGAUUACCCAACCGGUCCUUUUGAUUAUCUCUACAGCCAACAACCCCAUGGAUUUGAUAGUAGGGACAUGACAAUCUUCAAAGAUGAUGAUGAUGGUGUUGCUUAUCUAAUAUACUCCUCCGAGGACAAUAGUGAACUUCAUAUUGGACCACUGACUGAAGAUUACCUUGACGUGACAAAUACCGUGAGAAGAAUUCUUGUGGGACAACAUCGGGAAGCCCCGGCUCUAUUCAAGCAUGAAGGAACUUAUUACAUGAUUACUUCAGGCUGCACCGGAUGGGCUCCUAAUGAGGCACUGGUGCAUGCAACAGAAUCAAUCAUGGGGCCAUGGGAGACCAUGGGAAACCCCUGUGCUGGAGGGAACAAAGUGUCUCGACUUGCUACAUUUUUUGCACAGAGCACAUUUGUGCUUCCUGUGCCUGGAUUUCCUGGUUCAUUUAUCUUCAUGGCAGAUAGAUGGAACCCGGUGGACUUGAGAGACUCAAGAUAUGUAUGGUUGCCUUUGAUAGUAGGGGGGCCAGCUGACCGGCCCCUCAAUUACAAUUUUGGGUUCCCGCUAUGGUCAAGAGUGUCAAUAUAUUGGCAUAGAAAAUGGAAACUUCCUCAGGGGUGGAGCGGGUCGAAAUGAAAUAGGGUCUCUCUUACGUCAUCUGUGUGUCUUAUGUAUGAAGACCUUGGAUAUUCUUUCACUGGCUUGCCAUGGUGGUUGUGUUACUGUAAAUGAAGAGCAUAUAGUCCACUUGCACGCAGAAGAAACGAAUACGAGUUUGUAGAAUGUUUCCGUCUCAAGCAUCACCGAUGAACCCCUCUUUUGGUUAGAUUGUGUUAAUAUUAGCUUUGAGGAAGAAUGCUUGCUUGCGGAAACAGAUUGCUAAUCACAUAAAAGUUUUCGAAUAACACUUGGUUUCGUCGUUAGUUCAAGUUCUAUUGCGAGUGUGACUGAAGAUUUUCCUUUGAUCCUUUCUUUCCAGGUUCUUUGAAAGUGUAACAUGUACGAAAAUAUGAAACAAAAUGAAAGAUUGAUUGGCAAUUGUAGUAA